AUGGUGAUGGCAGCUGGGUUUUUCAGGUUCAGCAGCUACCUAGGACUUUCCAAUAACACCUAUGCAGAAAUCAUUGCUAUUUACCAAGGGUUGCAUCUUGCAAGGAACUUCGGAUGUACCUACAUCAUUUGUUACUCUGAUUCUAAGGGUGGCAUUGAUAUUUUAGCUAAGCCUGUAAAAAAAUAUCAUUGUUAUGCAUCUGCCAUUGCCAACAUUAUUGAUCUCAUGAACUUGGAGUGGGAGGUGAAGCUGUGUCACUCUCUUAGGGAAGGAAAUGCUAGUGCGGAUUUUCUCGCAAAGUGGGGCUCUAGUAACGACAUCAAGUGGAAGUUGCGGAAUACCCCCCCGGAAGAUUUGAAAGCCAUUCUCCUCAAUGAUUCAAUGAGGACCUUUGUGUUUAAUUCUUUUGUUGUUUUUCUUUUUCUUCUUUUUUUUCCUUUUUAG